AGCACCACUACGAAAGCCCAUGUCCUUCUAAAACAACAUCCCUACCAAAUUCAUUCCUAUAUCAGUUUAAAUAACUGGUAGAAAAAAAUCGCGUUCAUGCCAGCGGCACCUUCCACCUUCACUUCUCAGGAUUACAUCUCGGACCACCUCUGGAAAGCUUCCGGAAACUAUUGAAGCGUCCCUCGAAUAAAUUUCGAUCCACGUCUCUACAAAACCAAUAUACUUAAAAAUGAUGUUCAGCCGAUUUUUCAAGGCGGUCCCCGCCAGGGCUCCGGCCUUUUCAUCCCCUUUGCCUGUCUACCAGGCUCGCACUAUGGCUACUGUCCGGAACCAGAGGCCCGUUGAAAGGGCAACCUUCACGAUCCGAGAUGGUCCUAUCUUCCACGGAAAAUCUUUCGGUGCCCGUACCACCAUUUCCGGUGAGGCGGUCUUCACCACGUCUUUGGUCGGAUAUCCCGAAUCUUUGACCGACCCCUCCUACCGGGGCCAGAUUCUGGUUUUCACCCAGCCUUUGAUUGGAAACUACGGUGUUCCGUCCACCGAGAGGGACCGCCAUGGUCUUCUCAAGUACUUUGAGUCGCCCAAUCUCCAGGCCGCUGGUGUCGUCGUUGCCGACGUUGCGGAGCAGUACUCUCACUGGACCGCUGUACAGAGUCUUGGUGAAUGGUGCGCCCGCGAGGGUGUUCCUGCUAUCUCUGGCGUCGACACUCGUGCCAUUGUCACUUACCUCCGCGAGCAGGGUUCCUCCCUUGCUCGUAUCACAGUGGGUGAGGAGUAUGAUGCUGAUCAGGAUGAGGCUUUCACCGAUCCUGAACAGAUCCACCUUGUCCGUCAGGUCAGCACCAAGGCUCCCUUCCACGUGAGCGCAGCCGAUCCUCAGUGUCAUGUUGCCGUCCUUGACUGCGGUGUCAAGGAGAACAUCCUGCGUAGCCUGGUUAGCCGCGGUGCUAGCAUUACGGUGUUCCCCUUCGAUUAUCCCAUCCACAAGGUCGCUCACCACUUCGAUGGCGUCUUCAUUUCCAACGGCCCCGGUGACCCCACCCACUGCCAGGACACCACCUACCACCUUCGCCGCCUGAUGGAGACUUCGCAGGUUCCCAUCUUUGGCAUCUGCUUGGGUCACCAGCUCUUGGCCCUUGCUGCUGGUGCUCGUACUGUUAAGCUGAAGUACGGCAACCGUGCACACAACAUUCCUGCUCUCGACUUGACCACUGGUCGCUGCCACAUUACCAGCCAGAACCACGGUUACGCUGUAGAUGCCUCUACCCUGCCUUCUGACUGGAAGCCCUACUUUGUGAACUUGAACGACUCGAGCAAUGAGGGUAUGAUCCACAAGUCUCGUCCCAUCUUCAGCACCCAAUUCCACCCCGAGGCCAAGGGCGGCCCUCUUGACUCCUCGUACCUCUUCGACAUCUACAUCGACAGUGUCAAGAAGUACAAGAACAGUCAACUUGCCUUCCACCCCAGCCGGGAGACUAUUCCCAGUCCUCUCUUGGUUGAUCUCCUGCCGAAGGAGCGUGUCGAUGUUGCCCCUACUAUCGGUAUGCAGAACGUUGCUGCUGCGGCGGCCGCUGCGGCUGCUGCUACCGCUUAGGUGAAUCUGGGAAAUAUAUUUUAUGGAGUCUUGGUUACGGCUGGGUCUAAUUGUUUAUGUCUGGGUCAUAUUGUUCUAGUUCAAAUAUCCUCUUUCAAAUUGAAUAUAUUUUGA